GGUGCGGCCGUGCGCAUGCGCAUGCAACAAGAGAAAACCGCGAAAAAAUGAACACUAUGAUCACUGGUCAGUCUGUUGGAAAAAGAAACAAUAAAAUGAUACAAGAUGGUGUGUUUUAGGACGGGGUUAACAUGUUUUUGUCUGCUGUUUUUGUUUUUUACCAGCAUUAAAGCCAUAAAGGUUAUUGGUCGGGAUGUGACUGUGACAGCAGGAGAUGAUGCACAAUUAUUCUGUGAAGCAAUCGAGACAACAGAGCCUCUAACUACUAUUAGGUGGCAAAGAAGAACAAAAAAAAAGCCAACAAAUGCAGAUUUUCUGGUUGUAACUUCUAGUGGCAAAGAAGAAUACAUAAACACACUGAGGGAACGAGUAAAAUUUGCAGGGAACUUGGCAGUACUGGAUGGCUCAAUUCGUCUAGGUAAUGUUACUCUUUUAGAUGAAGGAAUCUACACCUGCAUCUUCAGUGUAUUUCCAAGUGGACCAUAUAGAACAGAAAUUCGUCUCAGAGUACAAGUUCCUCCUGUUGUCACUGUGGACACUGAUGUUCCUGCUGUUGCUGGAGACACUGAAGGGAUUUUAGCGACCUGCACUGCAGCCAAUGCAAAGCCUGAAGCAGAAGUGUUGUGGAGUCUGGGUGCUUUAAACAACACAGUGAAAGUACAAAAUACUGUCACUGUGGACUCUGAAGAUAGAUACACUGUUAAAAGCAACCUGAUUGGAACUGCAUCUAAAGAUCUAAACCAGAAGAAGGUUCAGUGUGUAGUCACACACCCUGGACUAAAGCAGAAACUGGAGCUGAAUUACACAUUGGAUAUACACUAUCCUCCUCAGGUGGUUUAUAUUAGUUCAGCAGGUGAUCAAGGGGCAUUACAGUGUGAAGCAGAUGCUAAUCCAAAACCUACCAAUUUCACCUGGAGCAGAUAUUUUCCAGUGAAGGAGACUCUUUCCAGUGGUGUUAAUAGCAGUCUGAUUGUUCGGCUGACCCCUGAUAGUAACAGACCAUACUAUUGUGUGGCGUCUAACCAAUACGGGGAAGCUGUUGGUUCCUUCUAUAUGCAUGUUAAAACAUCAACAGAAUCUAAAAUCUUGUGGACUCUGUUCAUCCUGACCCUCGUUGCUGUUUGCUGUUUUCUCAUUUGGAAAUUUGAAUUGUUUCAGCGUGUUAAUAAAAUACUGCGGCGUGAUAUUGGUCAACCUGUGCGUACGGAAUCUUCAGACCACUAGGAGGAGCAUUGAUACAUGUAUGAAUCAAACCUCUCUACUGGGACCAUACCUUGUCGUGGUGGAGGGGCUUAUCCUCCUUCAAGUGAGGAGAAAACCAAAUGGUCCCACAGGAUUUGUAACAUAAAGGACCAGUUUAUAAGGUUUGCUGACUGAUCUGCUGUCAUGACCAUGAUCCUUCAACAGGACAACAACCAGGUCUAAAAUAUUUCCUGUAGCCAGAGGAAGACACCAAGUAAUCUGAAACAAGACGACAUCACAAACAAAACCUUUUUAACAUUUCCUCAAGUGAUUACACCUGGAUGCUCAUUACAGAACCUUAUUUCAUCUCAUCCUACUGCAGAACUGGGUGAAGCCAAUUCUAGCAGAUGAGUGACUCUCUACAGACCAUCUAAACAGUGUUUUAGGCUCAUGGUAUCAAGUCUGUAACCCAGUGAAUCAGAGUUAGUGUAUUCAACGAUAGAGGCUGUAAUAAAUUUUUUUACUAAGAAGUUGUUUGUGAAGUUCUGACCUUCUGUGUGCAGGACUAGAAGUUGGUUUUGACUAGAAAUUGUUAUUACUAGAGAUUGUUUGUAUAAACUUAUUAGAGGGUCACAAUGAGCUGGAGACAAGUUGGCUAAUAAACAACUCUAGGAUCAGGAUCAGGAUCCAUCUAGCCUAGGGGUCGGCAAUCUUAAACACUCAAAGAGCCAUUAGGACCUUUUUCCCACAGAAAAAAAAACACAGGGAGCCACAAAACCCUUUUGACAUCUAAAAUGAAGAUAACGCUGCAUAUAUCAUUUUUUACCUUUGUGGAAAGUAUAGAAAAAACUGUAGUGUGUUGCAUUUAUGAAAUCAAUGUAAACGAAAUUUUAUUUCUGCAAGCAAACAAAAAUAUUUUGUACAGUUUGAACUAACCUUAACAAAAAAGACGCUGGGUUGAAGGUUACUUUCAAAUAAAAUGUUCAAUGUCUAA